AUGACCCGCACCCCAGGAUCACCCGCCUCCCCAGGUUCACCCGCCACCCCAGGCACCCGAGGUUCACCCGCCACCUCAGGGAGCCCAGGUUCCCCCGUCUGCCCAGGUUCACCAGACACCCCAGACACCCCAGGUUCACCCACCACCCCAGGCACCCCAGGUUCACCCGCCUCCCCAGGUUCACCCGCCACCCCAGGCACCCCAGGUUCACCCGCCACCCCAGGAACCCCAGGUUCACCCGCCUCCCCAGGCGCCCCAGGCACCCUAGGUUCACCCGCCACCCCAGGCACCCUAGGCACCCCAGGUUCACCCGCCACCCCAGGUACCCCAGGUUCAGCCGCCUCCCCAGGCGCCCCAGGCACCCCAGGUUCACCCGCCACCCCAGGCACCCCAGGUUCACCCGCCACUUCAGGGAGCCCAGGUUCACCCGCCACCCCAGGUUCCUCCGCCACCCCAGGGAGCCCAGGUUCACCCGCCACCCCAGGUUCCUCCGCCACCCCAGGGAGCCCAGGUUCCCCCGCCUCCCCAGGUUCACCCGCCACCUCAGGGAACCCAGCUUUUCCCACAUCCCAGGGAGCCCAGGAUCCCACGCCACCUCAGGGACCCUUGGGUUCACCCGCCACCUUAGGGAGCCCAUCUUUCCCCAAACCUCUUAGGGAGCCCAGCUUUCUCAGCCACCACAGGCACCCUUGGUUCACCCGCCACUUCAGGGAACCUAGGUUUUCCCACAUCCCGGGGAGCCCAGGAUCCCACGCCACCUCAGGGACCCUUGGGUUCCCCCGCCACCUCAGGGAGCAAAGCUUUCUCAGCCACCUCAGGGAGCCUAGGUUCCCCCGCCACCUCAGGGAGACCAGCUUCCUCAGCCGCCCAGGCACCCCAGGCUUCCCCGCCACCUCAGGGAGCCUAUACUUCCCCCGCCACCUCAGGGGGCCCAGCUUUCUCAGCCACCUCAGGGAGACCAGAUUUCUCCGCCACCCCAGAUUUCCACGCCACUACAGGGAGCCCAGCUUUUUCUGCCACCCCAGCUUUCCCUGCCACCUCAGGGAGCCAAGCUUUGUCCGCCAUCUCAGGGACACAAGGUUCACCCGCCACUUCAGGGUCCCUUGCUUUUGCCUCGCCACCCCAGGGAGCCCAGGUCCUGCAAGCUCCCCAGGCAAAACAGGUUCCCCCGCCACCUCAAGGAUCCCAGCUUUUCCCGCCACCCCGGUUCCCUAA